UGGUUGAAUGGUUGUGGAUAUGGAAACAAGCACGAGUGCAAGAGAAAGAUAGAAUUAUUCAAGGAACUAAACGAAUAAAAAAAAGAAAACACCAUCGCGUUGGUUAGCGUUGGUUCAUACGUCGGAGUGUGCCUUAUUGAAAAGUGUACGAUCCAUGUUAAAUACAUACCGAGGGGUUCGAGGCGUUUACCUACUAGCGUAUAUAGCAACAUAUACGAGCGAUCCAUUAGUGUAUAUGUAAUGAUACAAAAUAGUACUCUAGCUGAUACCUGAAGUCUCGCGGGUGUGUGGCUGUGUGUGUGUACAAUAGCUCAGAGUUUGCGUAAAUAAAUAGUACUGUAGACAAAUUUUUAUUCGCCUGUUAAACCGUUCAUUAGUUUUCGUGAUCAAAUUUCACUAAAUAAAUUCGUUGACUACUAUGUACGUUCGGAACGUUUAUUUGGAAUCUGUCAAGUGCACUUCGUAAAUGCACAAUUGGAGAAAAUAUUUGCAAUUAAUAAGAUUUGUAACAACGAAAAGGAUGAACCUGAUCGAAGGUAUCGGCGAUGAAGUCACUUACUUUUUUAUCAUCAUUGGAAUUCUCUGUAUCGGUUGGUUUGCUUGGCGUUCUACCAACAUAGCCGAUCAACCAUUAAUACGCACAGUACUUAUUCUUCAACAUCGAACACGCACACGCAUAGAAGAAUUCAGAGCCAACAACCAAACCAUUGGCGCUCAAACUGUGGACACCUUAAUAGAUAAUCCUCUGGAAUCCAAUGACAAUAUUAGUGAUGAAGUUGACGGAAGUUGUCCAGAAACGAAUAACACAGCGAACAGCGAAAUUCCUGUGGGAUCGUCGAAUCUACAAGCGGCUGCAACUUCUGAAGAAGUUUUAAUGGAAGCAAUGGAUUCGUUUCACAAUGACGACACUGGAUUAUUGAGGAAACGUGUGAAAAUAGGUGCAUCUGAAACAACGUCGCCUAACAUUUCGGGAACAACGCCAAUUGUUGACGAAUCUGAAGUAUCCGAGAAUAUAUCGUCGACUAGUGAGAAUGAAAUAACGAUAAAACUGAAAUUCAUGAACGAUGAUCAGAAAUUAGUGACGGGUCGACUCAAAGAAAUGCUUGGAGAAUUUAAAAGGAGGCAUUUCCAAGUAGAGCUCGAGUCGCAAAAGCGAAUACGAUUAGUUUUUAAUGGACAACUUCUGCAACCCGACAAUCAAACGUUGGAACGUUGCGGCUUGUACAACAAUUGUGUUGUACAUUGUCUUGUGCAUCAACAACGUGUCACAUCGGGUUCGAGCUCACAACCAAGUGCGAUCGAUAAUUCAUCGUCGAUUUACUCGAGUCCUCAAACUUUUCAAAAUUUACCAACCGGUACAGGUAUAAGUUCGGUACCGAAUGACUGGGACCUGAGCAGACUUUUAGUUAGUAUUCUCACUUUGAUCCUGGCGUUUGCCUGGUACUCGCGAUACCAUUAUGCUCAAUUGUUUACAGCGCCCACGACCGUUGCCCUUUACGCUCUUACUGCAAUCUUUUCACUCUCGGUAGUUGGCCAUUUUUUCCCAGAUCAAGAUACUUUGAGAAACAUUGAAUGAGAAUGGUGCGUUGACUUUUUAUUUUAUCGUUACGAAUUUAGCGAUCACUGAACCAAGAGCCCAUCGGCUUCCCCAAAUCUUUUCUAAAAAAUCGUGCAAAUAUGUUUUAUAAUGAUUGUGAAGAGGAAAUGUUUUUCUUUUGAUGAUAUCCAAUUGUAACGGCUUCUCAUUUUGUACGAAAACAAAACGACGGCUUUUCUUAUUUCGAUCAAUUAUUUAUCUGGAAACAAAUUUAUUGCCACUGGCAAUUGUUCGCGUGCUCGUCUUAACCCUUCAAGUGCACACUGGGUCGUUUUGACCUCAUAAGCAUAUGGAUGACGCAAGAAGUGUGCACUCAAAGGGUUAAGCAAUCUUUCCAACUUUUUCCUACAAAUUGGAGAAAAAAGCUCAAGACAAUUUUUUCCAACAAUACGACAGAAGAGUUCAGUCAAUCCAAUUUAACCAUGAGCUAGCGAAUAAUUGAGUAUAAAAUUAAUAAAUUGAUUCGACUGUUAAAGUGUGAUUUUAUUGAGUUAAAUUUUUACGUUGAGACGUAAACAAAAAAUUUAUUGGAACUUUCUCAUAAUUUUUUCACUUCACCGUUGUUACGUCCUAGUACUAUUCUCUCGCAUAAUCACUGAUGUGAAAAUGGUUGUAAGAAUAGAGCAUAAACGAUUGGCUAAAUAGUACGCAAAUUCAAAUCAGGUAUUCAUAACGUAUGAAUAAUUGUUGAAAAAGAAAGGUGAAGCCGAAUGCAGAGCGAGCUCCCUAAGCGACACGAAUUCCUUUCCUAAAUUGGAAGAUCAAGUGAACCGAAGUGAGCCUUGUAAUGAGAAAUUAAGUGUUUUUAUCUAUUAAAAAUGCAUUGUUCCUUCGAACAAGCUUGUACAUAGAAUAUAUAGUUACAUUUACAACAGAGCAGUGUGAAAGUUUUGAGAAACUGGCAUCGAUUCUCUUCUUCGUCCUUUUUUUCACAUAUGAUUUUUUUCCUCCGUGUUAAAAUUUACCAGCCACUAUUUUUCCUCGAACAAGAAAAAGUCAUAAAUCAUUUUCUUUUCAAAGGUCAAAGCUGGACUUGUUGUAAUUAUUUUAUGGAUCAUAAAUAAAUGUUUAUUUAUUUGA